AUGUCGACAGAAGCUACCCCUCCGCGCAGAAAGAUGCCAUCUGCAUUGACUUUUGAUCUGCAUAAAAAGUGCUCAACAACCAAAGCGCGCGCUAGCACCCUCCAUCUCCCUCAUGGCUCCGUGCCGCUUCCCAUCUUUAUGCCGGUUGCGACACAGGCGUCCCUCAAGGGACUCACGUAUGACCAGCUCAAGCAGACAGGCUGCAUGCUGUGCUUGAAUAAUACAUACCAUCUGGGUCUGAAACCGGGACAGGAAGUUCUAGACGAAGUAGGCGGGGCGCAUAAGCUGCAAGGAUGGGAUCGGAAUAUCCUGACAGAUAGCGGCGGUUUUCAGAUGGUUUCUCUACUGAAGCUCGCGAAGGUCACCGAGGAAGGUGUCCGAUUCCUCAGUCCCCACGAUGGUACUCCGAUGCUACUCACACCAGAACAUUCGAUCUCGUUACAGAACUCGAUCGGCUCAGAUAUUAUCAUGCAACUGGACGACGUGAUCGCAACUACCUCUCCCGAUCAUGCCAGGAUUCACGAGGCUAUGGAACGGUCCGUUCGAUGGUUAGACCGCUGUAUCGAUGCGCACAAGUACCCCGAGAGACAGAACCUUUUCUGUAUCAUUCAAGGCGGUCUAGACCUAGAGCUACGGAGGCAGUGCUGCGCUGAGAUGGUUGCGCGAGAUACACCGGGUAUUGCCAUUGGAGGUCUAUCAGGUGGUGAAGCAAAGGAGGAGUUUUGUAAAGUGGUGGAUACGUGCACUGGACUCCUUCCAGAGCAUAAGCCUAGAUACGUGAUGGGAGUGGGGUAUCCGGAAGAUCUGGUUGUAGCAGUUGCACUUGGUGCAGACAUGUUCGAUUGUCGAUUCGGAAAUGCUGUGGUUCCUUCCGGCACCAUGAACCUACGCCAUAAGUCGUUUGCCGAGGACUUCCGACCCGUACAGGAAGGGUGCAACUGCUCCUGUUGCCGGCCCAGAGAACAAGGCGGCUUGGGGAUUACGCGAGCGUAUAUCCACCACCUGGCUACCAAAGAGACGGUUGGAGCUCAUCUUCUCACCAUUCAUAAUGUUCACUACUUGCUUUCCCUAAUGGGAUCUGUUCGCCAGGCCAUUUUAGAAGAUCGAUUUCCAGCAUUUCUGCGCGAAUUUUUCGACAAUCUGUAUGGGGAUAAAGCGAAAUUCCCGGAGUGGGCUGUCACUGCGCUGCGCGGUGUUGGAGUUGACCUGCUGGCAGACUAG